AUGACGACUCUUAGGAUUUCUACUACUUUGUCGCGCAAAGCGCUCACUGCGUGUCGACCUCGACUCUUCCUCGGAGUCCGCGCCAGCGUGCGCCUCUCGCAGCCAUUCAGUACCAGCACGAGCACUAGAUACUCCAUAACCGCGCCAUUACAAUCUCUCGCUCCUAAGGUUGAGCGCGGCGGUUCAAAGCUAUACAAGGAUGCCGAUGCAGCUGUUGCCGACAUCAAGAGCGGAUCGACAAUCCUUAGCUCUGGGUUCGGUCUUUGCGGAGUUGCAGAAACCCUCAUCAAUGCUAUGCACCGCCGAGGCGCUGAUCAAUUGCACUCCCUGACGGCCGUUUCGAACAAUGCCGGCUCCGCGGGCAAGGGAGGUCUUUCGACACUCUCGCAGAACGGCCAGAUCAACCGUUUGAUCCUUUCAUACCUCGGGAACAAUAAAGAGCUUGAGAAGAAGUAUUUGACGGGACACAUUGCAAUUGAACUUUGUCCGCAAGGUACUUUGGCUGAACGUCUUCGUGCUGGGGGUGCUGGGAUUCCGGCUUUCUUUACCCCGACAGGAGUCCAUACAUUUAUUCAGGAGGGAAAGAUCCCUGUUCGCAUGGACGAGUCUGGUAAAGUUCUCGAGUCUGGCAAACCGCGCGAGACCCGAGAAUUCAACGGCAAGACAUACCUCAUGGAAGAAGCCUUGACUGGAGAUGUGGCUAUUCUCAGAGCUUGGAAAGUGGAUGAGGCUGGUAAUUGCGUGUUCCGAUAUACUACCAAAGCAUUUGGCCCUAUCAUGGCCAAGGCCGCAACCCUGACCAUUGUGGAGGCGGAGAAUAUUGUCCCACUUGGCGCCAUUGAUCCUAAUGAUGUUGACCUGCCGGGUAUCUUCGUGGAUCGGAUCGUUCCUGCCACGGACGACAAGCACAUUGAAAACAAAAAGUUGCGCUCGGGUGAGGCCACUACAGCUGGGUCUGUUAAAGAUGCGGCUCAGAUUCAAAGAGAACUCAUUGGUCGUCGGGCGGCCAAGGAGCUUAAGCCGGGAUUCUAUGUGAAUUUGGGUGUUGGUAUUCCCACGUUGGCACCGUCGUUCCUGCCAAAAGAUGUGAAGGUUUGGAUUCAGUCGGAGAAUGGUAUCUUGGGAAUGGGUGAUUAUCCCACCGAGCAAGAACUGGAUCCCGAUAUCAUCAAUGCCGGAAAAGAGACAGUGACCUUGGUUCCUGGAGCCGCCACAUUCGAUAGCACCGAGUCGUUUGGCAUGAUCCGCGGAGGUCAUGUAGAUGUGUCUAUCCUCGGCGCCUUGCAGGUGAGUGCAAACGGCGAUCUGGCCAAUUACAUGAUCCCGGGCAAGGUGUUCAAGGGUAUGGGAGGAGCAAUGGAUUUGAUCUCGAACCCGGAAAAGACCAAGAUCGUGGUGGCCACGAGCCAUGUCGCCAAGGAUGGAUCUCCCAAGAUUGUCCAAAAGUGCAGUCUACCAUUGACUGGUGCCAAUGUUGUCAGCACUAUCAUCACAGACCUGUGUGUUUUCCAGGUGGAUCGAGCUACUGGAGAGCUCACACUGACGGAACUUGCUCCGGGUGUUGAGGUGGAAAAGGUGCAGAGUAAGACGGACGCUAAGUUCAGAAUUGCCGAUACCCUUGAAAUUAUGGAAUAA